GGCCUGGCCGGAGCCCCCCAGCCUCGCCACUGCGGAGGGUCCAUCCUCUCCUCCCUCCCCCCAACACCUCCCCAACCCUCCCGCCCGCGCCAAACCACCCCUCCCCAAGGACAGCGGGGGCGGGGGAGGGGUGGUCACUGCGGCAGGAGCCGGGCGGGGGCGGGGCCAGAGCGGACAGCCCCGCAGGGAAGGGGGGGCAGAGCCCCCGCCCCGCCCCCCGCGCGCUCCCGCCAGUGCGAGCGCGCGUUGCCAUGGUGGCGCAGCGUCCGUAGUCCGAGCCCCGCAGGCGAGCCGGGCCUGAGGCAGCCCGAGCCCGGACUGACCGCGGACGGUCUGGGAUCGGCCGGGCGCCGAGCGAGCCCCGCGGCCGGCCUCACGCACCCCGCCGCCAGCCCCGGCGCGGUCUCGGUCCCCGCCACCAGGAGCCCCGUCCUCGGGCGGCCGCCGAGCCCCCCGCCCCUGCUGCAAGGCGGCCCCGGGCCCGGAGCCCCCGGCCGUCCCAGCGCCGCCAUGGACGCCGAGCUGGCCCAGCCGCUGCAGCAGCAGCUCUACGGGGGUCCGGGGGACGAGGAGGAGGAGGAGGAGCUGGACUUCUACGACUUCGAGCCGCUGCCCGCCCUGCUGGAGGACGAGGAGAAUGUGUCGCUCGCCGACAUCCUGUCCCUGCGGGACAGCUGCCUCACGGAGCAGGACAUCUGGGCCGUGUGCUUGGAGUGCAGCCGUUCCCUGAGGAGCAUCGCCCACUCUGCCAUCUUCCAGACACUGUGCAUCACCCCGGACACGCUGGCCUUUAACACCAAUGGCAACGUGUGCUUCAUGGAACAGCUCAGUGAUGAUCCUGAAGGUGCCUUCGUUCCUCCAGAGUUUGACAUAACAGGGAAUACUUUUGAGGCCCACAUCUACUCUCUGGGGGCGACCCUGAAAGCUGCCAUUGAGUAUGUGAUAGAGCCUGAGCUAGAGCCAAAGUUCUGUAAGGACCUGGAGACCCUCCUGGACCAGAUGCAGGAGGAGAGUCCCAGCAGCAGGCCCGACAUUGAGAGCAUCAUCACCCUGUGCGAGGGGAAGGUGCAGGCGGCCUCCUCCUGUCAGAUCUGCCGAGACCUGUCCGCCGUCGGGAGAAGAGUGCUUUCCAUCGAGUCCUUCGGGACUUUUCAAGAUGUGAAUGAGAACAUGUGGAGGGGGAGGACGGGCCCCAGGACCCAGCUGGAGGAGAAGCGCUCGGAGGGGGUCGCCCCUGCUGGAGCAGACCCGCAGGGUGGGGACGGCGGCCCCACGGCCCAGAGAAGUCUGCCUCCGAGGCCUCCGGCCGGCGACAAAAACGACCCAGAGAGCUUCUCGAAGGAAAAGCUGGCCAGCUUCUUCCUGGACUCGGGCUACUCCCACAGUGACCCGGACAGGGGGCUCCUGAAGAAAAGCCGCCUGAGAAAAAUCCAGACAUUUCCACGCCUCCUCAUGGAGGCCCCCGAGUCCAACAACUUCUGUGUGUCCUUGACCGCCGGGGGAUCUCUGACCAGGAAGAAUCAGCCCCCUGCCUCCGAAUUCUUUCCUCCAGACUACAGGAAGAUCUUCCCAGAGGGGAAAAACGGGCCUUUCCCCAUCAAGGCCCAAGCCAAGCACCGACUUAGGUCCGAGCGCUUGGCCGACCCCCCGGGGGAGAGGUCCCGGUCUCCCCCGCGGGAGCGAGCCAUUGGUACUCGAGGAGGUGGCGAGGGGUAUGACGGCGGCAGUGGAGGCCACGGGGAGAAGCGUGCUCGGCCUGGGCCUGGAGAAGCAGCUCCUGAUGGCACAGAGACAGCGGUCGACGCCGAAGUUCCCGGAGGACCCAGCAAAAAUGCACCGCAGGAUCCGAACUUAAGGAUGAAUCCUGGGGCCCCAGAAAGGGCCCCCCCAGAGAACAUGGGCCCCCCAGAGAACACGGGCCCCCCAGAGAACGCAGGGAUGGCGGACAGUCAGGAAGAACCCAGCCCGGGAGGUGGAGUGCUAGAUGGCACCAGCGGCGAGCAGUGGGUCUCUCUGCAGGAGCUCCUGUGCAGGCUGGGGAGGCCCUUUGGGGAGUACGAGCUGUGGGCGCUGUGUCGAGAAGCUUUGUUCACCCUUCAGAGCUACAUAGAAUACCCAGGUAAGCUCCCGGUCUCCCGGAUCUGGCUGGUGGAGCCCCCGCGGCGGGCCUGACCCGGCAGCCCGUGCCCCCGAGGCUGACUCGGCCGCUGGCCCGGCCCCCCCACAAGCUCCAGGGCCCGGAGUAAUGCAGGACUUAGGCGGUGGAGGCCGCUUCCGAGAGCCGUGCCCUGGGACGAGGAGAGCGAGGCAGGAAGGGACGCCGGGGGGAGGGGGUGCAGAGGAGCCAGCGCUUCAGUCCUCCAACAGCUAUUAAGUGCCUGCUGUGUGCAAGACACCUGGCAAGGCACGGGAUUCCCAGGUCAAAAGUACACUUUUUGGCCAGACUUCUCCGGCUCCGGGACCACGAGGAGAGUGCUCGGCUGGGCAUAGAACGGGGUCCCCAGUCAAAGACCCUCCGUUAGCCCCUGCCCAGCCAACUUCCCCCUCCCCAAGGUGGCCCAGACAGCCUGGGCCGGUCACUGCCCACAAAGGCGCCCUCGGUCUUCGCUUUAUAAGUCCUUCCACCUUAUUUAAUUCUUGGUUCCAGAUACUCCCCCCCUCCCCCCCCCCAUCUGCUGAGAAAACAAGAACUGGUCACACUUAGGAAAUCAUGCAAAAUAUAUGUCCACAUAAGUCAUAAUCUAGGGAGG